AUGUCUGAUGAAGAUGAUUAUAUGUCCAUGGUGAUUGAGGAGCCCACUCAAAAAGAGACCUUCACCCAGAAAAAGCGCCGCGAACAACGAGAGGCCGAAGCCCGCGGCAGAGUCCCUUCUAAAGCCGAACGCGCCGCACAAGAAGCCGCCCGCCGAGAUGAAGCUCUAGCAACCAGCACCCUCAACCCUACUAACAAGGGCUUUCAGAUGAUGGCCAAGCUUGGAUUCAAACCUGGUGAAUCACUUGGGAAACAGGCACCCGCCACCAACACAGAAACAGCCUCCGACUCCUCGGAUAAAGCGCGCUCGGAGCCGCUGAAUCUCAUUUUCAAAGAGAACCGCGGGGGUAUCGGUCUGGAUACGGAGAAGAAGCGCAAGAUCCGUGAGGAAGCUGAAGAGGCGGUCAAGAAAAUCAAGCACGAGGAGGGCACUUAUCGGGAUCGCGUGCGCGAAGAGCGUGAGUUGAAACGGACCGAGGCGCAAGUGCGCGCUGCGCAGAAGGUUGCGGAGAGGUUGGAGGCGGAGGCCGAGGCGGAGACAACAAUUGAGAAGGGAGACGGAAAAAGGCAGGACCGGAAGUCUACUGAGAACGAAGACGAAUCUGCGCAUCGUGACGGGAAUGCUGACGACGAGCCAGCAUCUGGCGCCGGUCCCAAGAAAGCAGCCCCUAUCAAACCCACCUCUCAAAUUAACGUCCUCUACCGUGGUCUUAUCCGUGAGCGCGAAGAGCGCGAUCGUGACCGCCAAGUUCGCCAUGCUCUCCAGUCUUCGCUCCCGUCAUCCUUCUUCCCCAGAGCGCGGCUGCCAGAAUUUGACGAUCCGACUAUGGAUCGAGAAGACAAGAAGGCCCUUGGUGAAGUUGACCAGAAUACGUCGGCAUUGGAGAUUGAGCUCGAGGAAGAGGACGAGGAGCUUGAUGCUUUCAAUGCUCUCGAGCCCGCCGAGCGGCUAGAAAAACUGGUCCUAUUUUUGCGUGAGAAGUACAGGUAUUGCUUUUGGUGCAAAUACACCUACGAGACGGAUGAAGAGUUGGAGGGUUGUCCUGGCCUCACGGAAGAGGAUCAUGACUGA